AAUCUAUUUUAUGAAAAUAUAACAUUUUUAAUAUGCCUUAAAUGCUAGGUUAUGUUGGAGGAGCGAGAAUAGCAAUUUUUGAUUUUUGAAGAAUUUGGUAAAAAGUAAUACCAGAAGAUAAAUUAUAAUAUUUGACAAUGCACUGUAAAAUUGAUGAUUUACCAGAUGAAAUAUUAGAGUAUAUUUUAAGUUUAAUACCACCAUAUAAAGAUCUACAGGAGUGCAUGUUUGUUUCAAAGAGAUGGUGUCAAGCUACAAAAAAUGUUAUUGAACAUAGUAAAACUCAUUUUCAAAAGUCAAUAACAUAUGGAUCAUUAUUUUGGAAUUCUUGGCAUACUACCCAAUGGAUACCUACUAUUGGAAAAAGGCAUUCUCAUUCUGCAUGUACUUAUGAUAAUUCUAUGUAUGUUUUUGGUGGAUGUACAGCUGCUUGUACAACUUUUAAUGAUUUAUGGAGACUUGAUCUUGAUACUCGAAAAUGGGUUCGACCUAUUACAAUGGGAAGCUACCCAUCACCAAAAGCUUGUGCUACCAUGUUAAAUUAUAAAAAAAGUUUUAUUUUAUUUGGUGGCUGGUCACAUCCUUCUCCAUAUCCUGUACAUCAGCAAUGGAGAUUAUUCAAUGAAUUACAUGUUUAUUUGAUUGAAUCUAAUCGAUGGUUUGCUAUUAAUACUUUGGAAACACCUCCUCCUACCUCAGCACAUUCUGCUUCUAUUCAUGGAAAUCUAAUGGUUGUAUUUGGAGGUGUUGCCAAUGGAUAUAGUUCAAAUGAUCUGUGGUGCUUAAAUUUGGAUACAUAUUGUUGGACAAAACAACUAACAUCCACGUUAAAACCGGAGCCUCGUUAUGGUCAAUCACAAAUUUCAUUAGGUCAUAGAAAUUUACUCAUACUUGGUGGAUGUACAGGUCCAAAUGUUGCAAUGAAUGAUGCUUGGUUAUUGACAAUGGGAGAUCCUAUUUGGACAUGGAAGAAAGUAAAUAUGUUUCAUACUGAAUCAGCACCUACUCGUAUUUGGUGUCAUCAGGCAUGUAAGGUAGGAAAUUAUAUAAUAGUUUUAAAUAAAAAAAAACGACAAUCACAACAUAGUGGAAUGAGUAUGUCAAUAGGGAAACCAGAAAAUUUACCUCAUAGUUCUAAUUUAUUGUCUCGAGAAAGGCAAUUGUCUUAUAAAGAAAUUGAUAGAGAUGAAAAUAUAAAUGGGCGUCGUGGUUAUCUCCAAAGAUCGAGUACUCGUAAUUCACAAUCAACAUCUAUGAACUCAUCAAAUGUAAUAGCACUACCAGUAUAUGACAGCGCAUUAAGUAUGGCUGCUUUUCGGGAUGAACCAGUUCGAACUAAUUCUGUAGUAAAUCGCCAAAAACAAUUAGAAUCUCUUCGUCGCAUGGAAGAAAGACUUCAAAUUCGUAAAACUCAAUCUAAAAUUGUUAAAAAAACUGAAAAUACAUUGGGUAUAUUUAUUUUAGACAUAAACAAUAUACUGUGUGAUGAAUGUUCUGCAUCUUGGAUCCCUCUUAAACAAAGUAAUGAAACAGGCCCAGAUGAAAGAAUACUUUAUUCAUUAGUACUUGGCAGAGGAGAACUAAUAGUAUUUGGUGGUAUAAGAAAAAAACAAGUUACAAUACAAGGUGAAACUGAUAUUGAUGAUUCUCAAGUGUAUAACGAUCUGCAUUUUAUAAAUCCACCUACAAAAUAUAUUAUAUAA